UUCCCACCCCUUUAUGUCCCAAAAUACAGAAGUGAACUUGCUGCACACCAGCUCAGCAGCCAUACAUAGCUCAGACAUCAGACCGGGCCGCAGGUGAGCGUCCUGCAGCAGCAGCAGGUGGGAGAAAAUGACUCUGGAAAGAUUAGCAGGAAGGGAAUGCCCUUGCUGAUAGACGUUCUCCAUGGAGCUCAGUGGGACUUCCAGCAACAGCAAUAAUCCUCUGAAAGCAUCUGUCAACUUUACGGAAAAAAUCAGCAGAUAGCUUUCCUUAAUUUGUUAGAAUUGGUGGAGAACUUUAUUUUAAAGGAUCUGAGGAGAACAUAAGUGAGGGAGGUGUUUAUUCAAAGAGGCCCUAAAGGUCCCCACAGAAGCCAUGGAUGAAGCUGAAGUUGGAGCCCAGGAGGCCUUGGUGAGCCAGGCUCUUGUUGAGUUCAAGGCCACACUGGAAGCUGCUGUGAGGGAAGUUUACGUGGAUGUGAGUGCCUUCAAGCACCGCAUAGAGCAGCGGAUGGACGAGCUGUGGGUUUCCAACCAGCCCCUGACUGAGGCAGUGUCCCGGCUGCAGGAGGAGAACCUCCAGCUCAGGGCCAAGCUGGACGCCCUGAGCCGCCUGGUAGGGGGUCUCGGCAAGGUGAAGAGGAGGAACGAGGAGGAAAGCAGGGAUAAUGGCCAUGAGGAGACUGGGCUUCUUAACUGUGUUGGAUCAGAGACCAGUUGGUGUGUUUCUGCACAUUCUGGAGCAUCAGGGUCUGCUGCUGCUGCAGGCAGCAUCCCUGCUCCUCCUCCAUGGAGACUGAAGAGACAUUCAGAACCUAAUGGCACCAAUGCAAAAGAAGGCAAAAAUAACUCUGAUGAAGCCAGAGCAGCCCAGGAGAGCCACAAACAGCAAGACCAGGAAGAAUCCGGUCCGUUGAUCAAACCCCAUUUUCCUCUAACUGCAAUGACUAAAACCAACUUGGAUACUGUGAGCACUCCGUCUCCCACUUCUGUGGCCAAAACCAGCAUGGAAUCCCAAUCUAAACCAGUAGAGUUGACUGUUAUAGGUGAUGCUGAUGACCCACAGCCCCAUCUGCCUGUCACUGCCAUGACCACAAAACCCAGUCUGGAGGGCUUCCUCGCUGCCAAACCAGUUUAUUCUCCAGCAUCAGGGCGGAAAGCUGCAGGAGAUCAUUUAUUUAUUGGAGAUCUGCAGCAGGGAGGAACACCUGGAGCAAAGGAUCCAAGCUCCCAGAAUCCGCAGGAUCAGUCGGACUCUCGGGCUUUGUCCUGUUUUCCUAUCACUGCUGCAACCAAAAGCAGCUCAGAUGUUUCUGCAGCAUCUAAAUCUGAUCUGACUGCUGCUUCACACCUGAAUCAUUCAGUCCAAGAAUCACCAACAACAAAACAAACCGAUCAUCCAAUCAGACGCGAAAUUAAUGAACCCAAACCCCACCUGCCUCUGUCGGUCGUGACCAAGCCAAAUGCAGAGUUGGCUGUUUCAGCCCAGUCUCAGUCUCUUUCAGCAUCACUGGAUCUCACAGUAAAACCAGGGGAAUAUCCCUUUAAGCGCGCACCAGUUCUGAAGAUACCCAGUCCGAGUUUAAAGAGGAGUGUGAGUUUUCCUCAACCUGCAGAAAAACUCCUUCCCUCCAAAUCCUUCAUAAAAUCUGGACUCUCACCCAAACUGGACAACAGAUUUAACAAGUCUGGGUUGGUUGAGUUUAAGCAAGAAGCAAUGAAAUCCCAAACACUUCCACGCUCCAAUGGGGCCCAAGCCAAACGGGCCCUGUUUGAGAGGAUGAACUCAGAACCCAUAAAGCUGAAGGAUUCCAAGCCCAAACUGAAGCGCUCCCAGAGUUUUGGAGUGUCCAGCGCCAGUGGGAUAAAGCAGAUCCUUCUGGAGUGGUGUCGCUCUAAAACCAUCGGCUAUAAGAACAUAGACAUCCAGAACUUCUCCUCCAGCUGGAGCGACGGGAUGGCCUUCUGCGCUCUGGUCCACUCUUUCUUCCCACUGGAGUUUGAGUACAACGCUCUGAAUCCUACAAACCGCAAACAGAAUCUGGAGCUGGCCUUCACUAAAGCAGAGGAGCAGGCCGACUGUCUGCGACUGAUUGAGGUGGACGACAUGCUGGAGAUGGGUGACAAACCAGACCCCAUGUGUGUGUUCACCUAUGUCCAGUCCCUCUACAACCACCUGAAGAAGUUUGAAUAGCUCUGCAUCAGAGUAGCUUACAUGUCGGGUUCAUACAGAGUGAGUUUGUUCACCAGUUUCACCAGCUGAUUGAGUGGUUUUAGGUGUGUGGUUUUAUAGGCACAGAAUAUUGAGAAAUGUUGAUCUGUCAGUGUCCGGGCACAUGAGAGACCAUCAGGAGCUUGAUUGGAUCAAGAUAAAGUUCAUUAGCAGUUUCAUUGUGUUGCAUGACACCCACCUGAACUACACAAGAUACCUGGUUGGGUUUCAUUUCUGUCAGAGCACGCCUUCAGAAAGCACCCAGAUUGGUUCUGGAUCUAUAUAUGGAAGGGGGUUCGCAUGGUCCAAAAAUGGAGAAUGAACUGGAUGAGAGAAUGGGUGUUGCCAUCUGCUGGUAGAACAUAGGUAGAGUGAACGUUGCUCACUUGAAGUAUUGUUAAAAUUAUUUAACCCAUUUAACAAGCUGAUUGGAGGUGGUUUACUGAGUCGUUAAAAGUUAGACUGGUUACAAUGGUUCCUACCCGGGCCGGAAAAGUGCUGAUUUUGGUAUUUUCCAGGUCUGGAUAAAUAAAUAAGAGUUUAUUCCCUGUCCCACUGUCUAAAUGUUGUCUUUCCAUAUCCCCCUUCCUUCCUUCUCUCUUGUGUCCUUCCUUGGUUCCUCCCCUUUGUCCUCCAUUACUUCCUUCGUAACCUUGUUUUCUUCUAGUCUUCAACCUAGUCCUUGCUUGUGCCUUCCCUUCCUGACUUUUUUCCAUCUCCUUUCCUUCCUUGUGUCUUUCCUUCUAGUCUCUGCUCUUUCUAGCAUCCAAAUAUAAACCCUGCCUUCUCUAAAAAUUUCUGCCAAAAAUUCAGUGAAGUUGAUUAUUUAAUAUUUUUGAAUGAACGUAAAGGACUGAGACCUCUGCAGCGUUGACUCUUGAAAAGUCUGGAACUUUUACAUGAUAAUGUGUAGGAACCCUGGGUUACCAACUACAUAUUAGAAUUUUAAUCACAUGUACUUUGCAAUGAAAUAAAAUAAAGAAAUACAUGAAAUCAUA